AGGGCACGUGAUCUCACUGCACCGACAUGUACCAUCUCCUCAAGGGCUUACACGAAUAUCUUACAAGAAAGGAGGAAUUUUCAAUAAUUAUCAUUGGCCUUGAUGGUGCUGGGAAGACGACAUUUUUGGAAAAAAUCAAGACUCUGUACAAUGACACUCCAGGACUUGAACCCUCUCAGAUUGGACCUACCGUCGGGCAAAAUAUUGGAAAGGUUUCUCUGCCAUCUACAAUCCUCAACUUCUUCGACCUCGGUGGUCAACGCAGCAUGCGUUCGAUAUGGCAUCGUUAUUACGAUGAUUGCCAUGCUGUCGUCUUCGUGAUCGAUGCUCAGGACCGUGAGCGACUGGGCGAGGGGUGGGAAGUCUUCGAUUCAGUUCUAUCUGCUCCUCAAAUCCUCAAUGUCCCGCUUCUCCUACUUGCAAACAAGCAAGAUUCACCCCACAGUUUAUCGGCCACAGAGAUCAGACACGACUACGAAACUUGGGAUCGACACAGACGAGAAUACGCAAGGAGGCGAUUUGGGGAGGACGAAGAAGCAGAGCUGGAACGGAGGCGUCAACGUAUCGCUAGCUUAGACGUCAUGGGUAUAUCGGCACUCGAUGGACAAGGCAUACGUGAAGCCGUGGACUGGUUGUUUUUGCGAGUCCAGAACAGUAGAAGAAACGUUGAUGACAAAUCUUCGAAAGGUGGCUGGUGAAUUACAUGAGCAUCUGCGAACGUUUUGGUAUCGCUUGAAGGUGUUGUUUCUAACCGACCAACUGUAUGUACAUCGUAGGCACUGGCAACAGAAUCACUGCAUGAUUAUCGUG